AUGUCCCGCGCAUCCAAACUCACACUCCUCGGCACGUCUCUGUUUGCGGCUGGCACCAUCGUGCUGGUGCACUUCCAGCAGAAGUGGGAGCAAGAGGCCAUGCACGCCGGCGUGAUCCGCGAUCUCGAGCAGCAGCGCCUGAAGAUGGCACAGCGCCAGGCCGAGUUCGAUGCUCAGCGCGCGUUGGAGGCGGAGUACAAGAAGGAGCAGAGUGUACGGGAUACUACGAAUGAUGCGCCGCUAGUUGCUUCAGGUAAAUCUUCGAGUUCUGGAGAAGGUUGGAGUUUGUGGAAGAAAUAG